AUGGUUUUCGCCACGGUUGCUCGGGAGUGGUGGCAGGGGCGCCGACUGAAAUAUCGCAAGGAUGCCGCCAACAUGUUUUCACCUUUGACGUACAGCGUCGAUCGCACCAGCCUUGAGUCUGGAAGUUGCCCAGGUCCUGCCGCUCAGCAGCUGAUCUCCUCCGGUACUGAUGAAGGGAGCGGUGGUGGCAGUGGCAUGCAGCAGCAGGGCCCCGUCGUGGGACCUUCCGGCCGCCUCAACUCAUCUCCACCAGAAGUUGCAGUGGAAGUAGAGGAAGUGCAGCCUGGCGAGCAGCAGGUGGUUGGCACCGAGCCGACCGUGGUGACGCCUCUGGAACAGGCUGCCGUGGUCAUCACCCCAGACACGCGGCCACAACCCAACCUGGAGCUGCAUGUGCGGUUAAUGGACCCCGCUGGUGCCGUCACGGGUGUCGUACCCCUGCACUCGAAGGAGGAGGAGGUCAGCGGCAGUUGCAGCGGCAGUGCUGGUGGUGUUCCUCCCUGUAGUGGUAGCAAUGUGGUGGAGCUGUCUCCGGUGGUACGCGGCAAGGGCACCUUUGGUCGAGUGGUGGAAGGUACUUACCGGGGGCAGCGAGUGGCUGUGAAGCUUCUGGCCAGCGACGGACCCUGGGGAUGCCCCAUCGAGGCCUUGGCCUCCAGCUUUGCGCAGGAAGUGCAGGUGCUUCAUAUCACCAUAUCCAUUGCCAACGCGCUGGCCUACCUGCACCCCACCAUCAGUCACCGGGACCUCAAGCCUGCCAACGUGCUGCUCAACGACCCCCACAGUGACCGGCCCACAGUUAAGCUUACGGACUUUGGGCUGUCUCGGCUUCGUGUGACGGUGGCUCCAACGGAGCAUCCGGAUGCAGGCACGCCCGCCUACAUGGCACCGGAGUGCUUCGACUUGCAAAACAGCCAGGUCACACAUAAAGCGGAUAUGUUCGCGCUGGGUGUGCUGCUGUGGGAGAUGCUGGCCUGCAAGAGGCCCUGGCCUGGACUGAACCCGCUGGAAAUCGGCCUGAUGGUAGCGUUCAACGGCAUGCGCCUUCCCCUGAACGACCUCGUGGUCUCCGAGCGCUGCCCACUCAAGCUGUGUCGUCUGCUGCUAGCCUGCUGGGAGACAGAUCCGGACCGACGGCCGGCGGCUGCAGAGACAGUGAAGGAGCUGGCGCUGAUCUUGCAAGGUCGGCAGCUUCAAUUCAAACAGCAGCUGGUGCAGUCCGCACUGGAUAGGACAGGACAGGAAGGCGGCGGUGGCCCUUGUUUGCAGCUACCGACUGCUCCUCGGGCUGAGUUCACUGCCGCGGCCGCUGCUGAUGCUCGGGAUGGUGAUGUUGCCCUUGCCCCGCUGGAGCACGGAUCGCGGCAGUCCAUUGUCCGGGUAUGGCUCCCGGAUAUCAGUGAGGAGAACCUUCGGGGCAAUCCCUCAUAUUCCAAUUCAUUAUCACAAGCAGGAGGGGCAGCUCGAGGAGCAGCAGCAGCAACAACAACAGCAGCAACAGUGGCCUAA